AUGCGUCCAAUCUCCAGAGCUGUUCUCCGGCCGUACGUUUGUCCAACCUGCCGACAUGGCAUUGGCGCUGGUCGGCGACGAUUCAGCUCCAAAUUGGACUCCCCCGAGCUAUAUGAUGUAGUUUGCGUUGGAGGCGGACCCGCGGGCCUAGGGUUGUUGGCCGCACUCCGAGCAUCGCCUAUUACCUCGAAGCUGAAGGUUGCACUCAUUGAGACUCAGGACCUCAGCAAAGCCAAAUCAUGGGAUCUUGGACCGGACCAGUUCUCCAACAGGGUCAGCAGCUUGACCCCCUCGACCGUCUCAUUCCUACGCAGCAUCGGCGCCUAUGAUCACCUGGAUGCCACUCGUGUGCAGGAAUACCAGGAUAUGCAGGUCUGGGACGGCCAAACCGGGUCCCGUAUCACAUUCGACUGGUCAAUGGAGACAUCACCAUUUGAAGAUAUGCGCACCGUAGCAACGAUGACCGAGAACGCGAAUCUGGUGCGCGCACUACUGCGCCGAAUUGCCGAAUCAGGAGACGAGAACCUCUCCCUCUUCUCAAACUCCACAGUCGCCUCCAUCGAAAACGGCUCCGACCUGAAACCCGAAGGUCCCGACCUCUCAGCCUGGCCAGUCCUCUCCGUCAAGCCCACAGGCCCAGCCGCCGAGACCGAGGCACCCAAGCGCAUCGCCGCACGUCUCCUCGUCGGCGCAGACGGUAUCAACAGCCCCGUCCGCUCCUUCGCCGACAUCUCCACCUCAGGCUGGGACUACGGCCGCCACGGCAUCGUCGCAACCCUCGCCCUAUCCGAGCCAUCCACCCCGCCAUUCCCAGCUUCCAAGCGCACAGCCUACCAGCGCUUCCUUCCCGCUCUCGGCGGCCCCAUCGCCCUCCUCCCCCUACCAAACAACCACGCAACCCUCGUCUGGUCCACAACGCCCGAGCACGCCGCAUACCUCAAAUCCCUCCCCACCCCGGCCUUCCUCGCCAUGGUCAACGCCGCCUUCCAACACCCCCUCCCAGCCCAGAUCCCGCCCCCCGUAACAGGCGUGCAGACAGGAACCGUCGCUUCCUUCCCCCUGCGCUUCCGCCACGCUUCGCAGUACAUCUCGCCGCGCGUGGCCCUUGUCGGCGACGCCGCGCACGUCAUCCACCCGCUCGCCGGCCAGGGUCUCAACCUCGGUCUGGCGGAUGUUGCUUCGCUGUCGAAGACUAUCCAGUACGCCGUUUCCCACGGUAUGGAUGUCGGAGACUUGCUUACUCUCGAGCGCUACUCGUCUGACCGCUACUUGCCCAAUGCUAAGAUUGGGGGUGCUUGCGAUCUCCUGCACAAGAUGUACAAUGUUCCUGGGGAAGGACCUGUUACUUGGGCGCGUAGUCUUGGAUUGAGCGUUGUUGAUCGGUUGCCGUUUGUUAAGUCUUUCUUGAUGAAGAAUGCCGAGGGGUAUUAG